AUGGCUGCAACUCCCUCUGCUUCAUUUUCCCGCUUCUCUGUUAUCUCUAAACCACCUUCCCAACCGCAAUUCAUUCUCUUCAACUUCCCUAAUCGAACCAAAACCCUCUAUUCUCGAACCAGCGCAACCCGGUUCAGAUGUUCCGCCGGUCAGAUCGGGUUAUUCUCGAAAAUUGGCCGGUUGCUAAAGGAGAAAGCGAAGAGCGACGUAGAGAAGCUAUUCUCUGGUUUUUCGAAGACUCGCAAUAACCUCUCCGUCAUCGACGAGCUUCUCCUCUACUGGAAUCUCUCUGACACUGAUCGAGUCCUCGAUGAACUCGAAGAGGCUCUUUUAGUGUCUGAUUUUGGGCCAAAAAUUACUAUAAAGAUAGUGGAGAAUUUGCGUAAGGAUAUACUUGCAGGGAAGCUUAAAUCAGGAAGUGAGAUAAAGGAAGCACUGAAGAAGAAUGUUUUGGAUUUGUUAAGCAACAAGGGAAGUAAAACUGAACUUAAACUUGGAUUCAGGAAACCAGCCGUAAUAAUGAUAGUUGGUGUUAAUGGUGGUGGGAAGACAACAUCUUUGGGAAAGCUGGCUUAUAGAUUGAAGAAUGGAGGUGCUAAGAUAUUGUUGGCAGCUGGUGAUACAUUUAGAGCAGCUGCUAGUGAUCAGCUAGAGAUAUGGGCUGAAAGGACCGGGUGUGAGAUUGUUGUGGCUGAAACUGAAAAAGCCAAAGCGUCAGCAGUGCUUUCAAAGGCUGUAAAAAAAGGAAAAGAGCUAGGUUAUGAUAUUGUAUUAUGUGAUACAUCUGGACGUUUACACACCAAUUACAGGCUAAUGGAAGAGUUGAUUUCUUGUAAAAAGGCUGUUGCUAAAGUAGUUGCUGGUGCACCCAAUGAGAUCCUACUGGUUCUGGAUGGGACUACUGGUUUGAAUAUGUUGCCACAGGCCAGAGAAUUCAAUGAAGUUGUGGGUGUAACUGGUUUAAUAUUGACCAAACUGGAUGGGUCUGCACGAGGUGGCUGUGUGGUCAGCGUGGUUGAUGAACUUGGAAUCCCUGUAAAAUUUGUGGGUGUUGGUGAAGGUGUUGAAGACCUUCAACCCUUUGAUGCAGAAGCAUUUGUCAAUGCUAUUUUUAUGUAG